AUGACGGAAAUGAAGCCGAUCAAGGUGUAUGGAAUCCACGGGCCCAACGCCGGUAAAGUUCUUCUCCUCUGCGAGGAGCUAGGGCUGCCCUACGAGACCGAAGUGAUCCCACUCACCGACGUCAAGAAUCCCCAGUACCUCGCCAUCAACCCGAACGGGCGGCUGCCGUCCAUCCACGACCCAAACACGGACCUCACGCUGUGGGAAUCGGGCGCCAUCAUCGAGUACCUGACGGAGAAGUACGACAAGGACCACAAGCUUAGCUUCGUGCUGGGCACAGCUGAGGCAUACCACGCUCGUCAGUGGCUCUUCUUCCAGACCACCGGCCAGGGACCGUACUACGGGCAGGCGAUGUGGUUCAUCAUCUACCAGCCGCUUCCCGAGGCGCGCGAGCGCUACGUCAAGGAGGUCAACCGCGUGACUGGGGUGCUGGAGGGGCACUUGGCGAAGCAGAAGCCUGACGCGGAUGGCAACUCCUGGUUCGUGGGUGGCCGCCUCUCCUACGUGGACAUUGCCUUUUUUACGUGGCAGCACACGGCCGAGCCGCGAAUUCCGAACGAGGAGUUUAACCAGGAUGAUUAUCCGCACGUCAAGAAGUGGCUUGACAACAUGCUUACGCGCCCGAAGGUGAAGAAGAUCCUGAAGAUCCAAGAAGCCAAAUAG